AUGGAACAAAGAAAUGAUAUAACUGAGUUUGUCCUCUUGGGGCUCACUCAGAGCCUCCAGGGUCAGAAAAUAUUAUUCGUUGUGUCCUUGCUCAUCUACAUUGUGACGAUGGUGGGCAACCUACUCAUUGUCCAGACUGUGGUGUUCAGCCCAACCCUGGAUGCCCCCAUGUACUUCUUUCUUGGCUACUUGUCAUUUAUGGAUGCUGUUUAUUCUACUACAUUCAUUCCAAAUAUGAUGAAAAACUUCCUUUGUGAGAAGAAAACCAUUUCAUUCCAAGCGUGCAUGACCCAGCUUUUUAUAGGGCACUUAUUUGGUGGUGCUGAGAUUUUACUCCUGGUGGUCAUGGCCUAUGACCGCUACAUGGCCAUCUGCAAACCCUUGCAUUAUUUGACAAUCAUGAAUCAGCAAGUGUGUGUUCUGCUGCUGCUCUUGGCCUGGGCUGGUGGGUUUUUACAUGGUGUCCUUCAUCCUCUCAUUGUUUACAACCUUCCCUUCUGUGGCCCCAGUAUCAUUGAGCACUUCGUCUGUGAUAUGUACCCUUUGUUAAAACUUGCCUGCGCUGAAAGCCACAUUAUUGGCCUCACAGUAUUGGCCAGUGAUGGGACAAUGUGUGUGGUCAUCUUUACACUCUUACUCCUCUCCUAUGGGGUGAUUCUGCACUCCCUGAAGAAUCUUAGUCAGGAAGGGAGGCACAAAGCCUUAUCCACCUGUGGCUCCCACAUCACUGUGGUGGUCCUCUUCUUUGCGCCCUGUAUUUUUAUGUAUGUGAGACCCCCUUCUACCUUACCCACUGACAAAUACUUGGCCGUGUUCUACACCGUUAUCACCCCUGUGUUGAACCCUCUAAUCUAUACUCUGAGAAAUGAAGAGAUGCAAACUGCCAUGAAAAAAUUAUGGAGCAGAAGAGUCAGCAUAUCCCCAAAGAAGAUGCUAAGCAAAGUUCAAAGUAUAAUUAAAAGUCUAUUUCAAGAUACAUCCAUCAUGGCCUUGCCUUUUGUAACUUCACUACAAGCUAUGCGGUGGUUCUUGGCCCUAGAAAAUCCUCCUAAAAGCUAUUUUAAACAGCUUUUCUGUGGUUAG